ACAUUUAACCAACUUUGAGGCUUUUCAAAAGUUCGACGGUACGUUCUAUGUUACAACAUAUAAAUUAUACAUUUGUGCAGCUUGAAAUCGUCUUGAAUAGUGUGAAAUAUUCAUAAGCAAGCAAAAGUGACCCGUCAACAUUGAUUACCAUUGCAUUGAUAAUGUCAAAACAUGAUAUGGACAUGCUCAUCAUUUACCACUUACCAAUUAGUUCAUCAUGAUGUCUCACCAUAUAAAAAUCAGUUUCUCGAUUUCAUCACUGAAUGAAUCAAAUUUUAUUAAGAAUUUUGAAAUCUCAUGUUAACAAGCAGUCUUUUUUAGAUCAGCUUAAAGCAUUCAACGAAAAGCCAAAUAUAUUAGCUGCUGUCAUCUCAUGUGUCGACUCACGUGUUUUAACAUCAAAACUUUUAUGCUCAAAUGUUGGUGAAUUAUUUAUCGAAAGAAAUCCAGGAAAUUUCAUUUGUUGUGAAAAUUCUUCACUGGAACAUUUUAAUAAAAAUUGUGUUACACCAGGAUUUUUAGAGUUGACUUUAAUACGAUGUAGAAUUAACGACAUCAUUAUUUGUGGCCAUUCAGAUUGUCGGGCUAUGAAUUUAUUAAAUAACUUAGGAAAAUGUAAAUAUGAAAGAAGUCAUCCUUAUCUUGCUCAUCAUGAGCAUCAACCUAUCGAUGUUCAAAAUGAAAAUAAUAAAAUGACAUCAAGUCCUUUAGAAAAGUGGAUUUGGGAAAAUGGAUGUAAAACUUUACAAAAUUUUAAUACUAAAUCUGGUAUUCUCAGUUUUAAAUCAUCAUCAAUUCAUUCAAAAUGUCCAACACUUGAACUUGAUUUAAAUUUGGCUAAACAUUUAACAGAAGUUGAUUUACUUUCUCAAGCAAAUGUAUUACAACAAAUGAUACAUGUAUAUUCAUAUGAAAUGUUAACAAAUCAAUUAGCACAAAAUUUAUUACGUAUACAUGGAAUAUGGUUUGAAUUAUACUCAGGUAGUAAUAAUAAUAAUAAUGAUCCUUCAAUAUGCUGUGCAAAACAUUUAUAUUUAUCUAUGAUUAAUUGUUGUUCAUUUGUAUUUGAAAUGUAUAUUGUAAAUUAA